AUGUCUGCCAUGUUCACAUGCUGCUCGCCGCGAGACGAAAAGAAGACGGCUCUGCUCAGUUUCGCAAAAGCGUUGUCGAAGGCAAACCUUCGCGAGAAGGCAGAGCCCAAGCAGACGGCAUUCCCCAUGUACGCCUUGCCAGCGGAAGUUUUUCUUCAGAUGUCGGAGAUGCAGCCGCAUGAGGACCUCUUGUUCGACGGCGUGUUGGUUGAGUUUGACAGAUCCGCGGGCAAAGCCAUGUUUGUCUCACACCAGUGGGUAGGCCGCAAACAUCCAGAUCCUGAGUUUCGCCAAGCCCGUGUUCUGCAACAGGCAUUGCUGCACAUGUUAUCUGACUUGCAGAAGAUAUCUACGGACGCAAUCACAGAAGUAAUUAAUCCGGAUGCCAAAGAUCUGGACUGCCACGUUUUUCGGACCAGUUCCUUGUUUCUGUGGUAUGACUACUUCUGCAUCCCACAAGCAUGCGAUGUGGACAAGUCACCGGGCAUCUCAUCCAUACCCCAAUAUGUCGACCGCAGCGAUUUCUUCGUUAUCCUCAGCCCCGUCAUUGCGAGUCCGACCCAAUCUGCAGUGUUCACGCCUUCGACGUGGGGUGAGAGGGGCUGGUGCCUCAUAGAGAAAGUGAUCCGAGACUUGUCGAAUGGCCCUCCCUGCAUCUUGAUUAAUGGUGCCCGCAACAUGCAGCUGGUGCCCAAGUAUCCCGUGAUGUCCCAUGGGGUUGCACCGGGUGAAGGCAUGUUUGCCAACCCAAGCGAUCGCGAUUUGCUGGGUCCUGUGGUCAAGUCACGCAUUCGUGAGGCGGCAUUGGAGGCCUUGAAUCGGCAGGAUCUUGUGUCAUACCGCUUCACUAUGAACAUGCAAACCGUACUGCUUCGAGGCUUCCAAGUGGAUCCUGUGGAAGACAUCCUUCCUCUAGAUGCCGCCCAUGGCAUUGGUGCAAGCAAUGACUUGCAAUGCGAGCUCGAACCCUCAUCUCAACGUGCCUCGCGUUUCAUGUACCAAAACGGAUUCAGGAAGGUCCGAGGCUAUGAUAGCAGCGGGUGGUCCCCACUGCUGUACGCGGCGUUGAGCGGGGAUCCGCUGCUCAUCGAGGGCUUGCUGAAGCAGCGCGCCAAUCCCAAUGACACAACCCGCAAAGGAAGUUUGAAAGCUGGUGUUGGACCAGGCGUUACGGUCUUGGGUGUUUGCGUUUACAUGAGAAAUCACGAGGCGAUGCCCGUUCUCACCGCUUUCGGUGCUCGAACUUGCCAAGGGCCGACACAAGCAAUGAUCGCUGCUGCCUAUGGCAACAAUUCAGAAGGCGUUCGUCUUCUCCAAGCCAUGCGUGCAAGCUUACACAUCAGAGACCUCUUCGGGCUCACGCCACUGGAAGAAGCGUGCCUGGCCGGAUCGGUGGACGCAACGUAUGAGAUCUUGGCCCAGGCGAGUUCCGACCCCGGUUUCGGUAUGGACGUGUCCAACUGCUUGCACUACGCGACGUACUGUCGUGGAGGCACCGUGGAUUUGGUGAUGAUGUUGGUGGACCAUAAAGCUGAUGUGAACAAGCAGUUCAGCGUAUCCUUAAGCCAUCCGGUCAGAAUGCUGGCCAUGCUCCAAUCCAUCCAGUACAGACUUGGCAAGCGCACCUUGGGAUGCUACCUUGGUUUUCAGUUGCUCGGUGCCACGCCCCUCAUGCUGGCCGUGAUCUCUCAGCAGUAUGAGGCGGCAGCAGCUCUCAUCACGUUGCGUGCGCAGCUGGACAUCAAGAAUUCUCGCGGCCGCACGGCCCUCCACCUCGCAGAGGAACUUGGAGCCCCCCUUUUCCUUCUGGAGGCGCUGCGGGGGAACAUCUCGGACUGCUCGACAAUCACCUUUGUCGCAAUGGCCAACGGUCCAACGGAGACCUUGGUAUUUUGA